AUGAUCCCUCCCAUCAACUUCAUCUUCAAACUGCUCCAGCAGCGGUCUACGGUCCAGAUCUGGCUGUAUGAGCAAACAGAAACCAGACUGGAGGGAACCAUCAGAGGAUUCGAUGAGUUUAUGAAUUUGGUGAUCGAUAACGCUACAGAGGUCAACGAGAAGACAAGUCUGCGGAGAAAGCUGGGUCGGAUAUUAUUGAAGGGUGACAAUAUUACUCUUAUCUCGAGUCUGGAAGCCUGA